GUAAGAAAGAGAGAGAGAGAAAGGAAGGAAGGAAGAAAAAGAAAGAAGAAAGGAAAAGAAAGAGAGAAAGAAACUGCCUAGGGCAGGGCAGUUGGGGCAGAGCAUAGUCUUUAGAAUCAAAGACUGGGCUUAACUACAGAAACACUUGCUAUAUGACCCAGGAAAACUUGCCUCCUGAGCCUCAGUUCUCUUAUCUGUAAGAUGGUACAGUAAUUCUCAACUCAAGUGGCAGCCAGGACAACGAAAGGAGAUAGCCGGUGUAAAGUGCGCGGUGUGGUGUCGGGCUCGGAUGGCACAGGUCCUUUGCCUUCAAGCCUUGCCCUCUCCCAUGUGUUUCAUGGCUCCGGCCACACCUGUAGAACCAACCAGUGAACCCUGUGUUUGUCCCACCGUGUGUCCCCUGGGCUCAAUGAACAGAAGGCCUGAGGAUUUAUUCAUUCUUUCAUUCACUUAUUCCUCAAGUAUUUAUUAGGUAUCCUGAGCAUGUGCCCAGCAUUAUCUUGGUGCCAGGGAUGGAAAGGUGAGCAAACUCAGGUGGCUUCUAUCCUGAUAGGGUUCACAGUUAGAUGGCAAACAGAGACGUUACUUUUUAAAAAAUCACACGAAUAAAUGUGAGAAUAUGAGUGACACACGAGCUUUGAGGAGAAGAGCCUAACACUGUGGGAGCGUUCUUCAACAGGAAGAUUUUAUCUGGAGAGAGCAGGGCAGGGCCUCCCUGGGGAGUGAUGUUUGAGCUGAGCCUGAAGGGAGAUAAGGCAAAACUGAGAAAAGAUGGAAGGAAAAUCGCGUCCCAGGCAGGGGGAACAUAGGGUUGAAGGUCCCUGGCAGGGAGGAAGGGCUGUGCCUGCAAGGGCUGACAGGCAGCCGAGGGGCUGCAGCAGAGGGGCGGGUCAGGUGUGAGUCACUGAGCUGUGCCUCAGAGGAGCUUGCGGGAGAACCCCUGGAGUCUGACUCUGAAGCAGGGCUGCACCUGCGGGGAGAGGUGGGUAAACUGAGUCUGAGAUUCUGACAUGGAGACCAGGCCAGCAUUUGGCUAUAGUCCUGGACAGAGAAACAGAUGUUUCCAAGCCUCAGUUUUUCUGCCCCUAAUGAACAUAAUGACAAUAAAAAUUAUAAAUAGAUUGCAGAUCCAUGAUGGUGGGGGUGGAGGUAAAAAUGAACAAAUGCAUUAGGUAUUUUGCCCUCAGCAUAUAUGUGAAUGGCAUCAAAUUCAUUGACGUUAAAACUUAGAUGAUCUGGGUUUGUAAUUGAACAAAAGCCAAAGUCCUCCCCGUGGCUGAAUCUCCGCCUCCCCAAUUCAUGUCCUGUCACUGUCCUGCUCACUCCAGGCACACAGGCCUUCUAGACGCCCCUGUUGUAACUGAAACAGCCAUGCAUGCUCCUGCCUGAGGGCCCCUGCACGUACUGGUCGUUCUGCCGGGAGCACUCUUUCCCUGGAUAUCUGCAUAGCUUGCUUGCUUGCUUUUUCAGGUUUCCCCUCCAAUAUCAUCUUCUCAAUGAGGCUUUCCUCAUUUCCCAUCUAAAAUGAAAUCCCUUUUGUCCCCUCCCUGGCUCUCCCUUUCCAUCUUUAUUUUUCUUUAGAGCGAUUGUUGGAUUCUGUCUCUUUUUUUCCCCCUCUGCUCUAAUCUGGAAUAGUACUUGGCUGUAGUAAAAGCCCAGGCAAUGUUUGUGGAAUGAAUGAAUGAGUGAAUGAAUGGGGAGAGCUGUUUGUUCGUGAAAUGAUGUGUCAGGUUCAUUCAAAGACGCUUUUACCCUUACUCUGAAAUUGACUCAUGGAAUGUCAGAAUUGGAAGGAACUAAGUCAUUGGUCUUUGAGCAACUCUCAUUUAACAACUGAGUAAACAGAGGCCCAGGGAGGUACUUCAGGGGCUUGUGAAAGGUCACAGAGCUUGGAGCCAGAAUGAGAACCAAAGCCUCUGGGAUUUACUCCAGGACUCUUCACGAAGCUUUGGCUUUUUUGCAUGACACAGCUCCUGGGGAAAAAAGGGGUUUGCUCUGUGGUCUCCAGCUUCCCGGUGUUCUGCUUCUGGGGCUACAUGGCCUGAAGGGCUGUAAUUUCACUCCAAGAUCUCUGGCACUGCUCCUUGGGCCACCAUGCGGGAUGUUGGUAAAGGCAGCUAUUGGCAACUAACAGGCAGACAUACUUCUCUCCCAGGAGGUAAAAUGAAUGUUUUCUGUCAAGGUCAAUCUACAGGAAAUGAUUAUUUAGCUCUGACUUGGUGGAGUCUGCCUAAGGUGGAGAAUGCAAGAAGUAUCAGAUUCUAGUCCUGCACUUUAGGAACUUCUAGUUUAGCUAGGAAGACAAUGCUUACUAACAUCGAUACUAACAUUCAAAUAAUGCUAGCAAACAUUAGCUAGUGCUUACCACAUACCAGGCACUGUUCUGAAAACUUCAUGCCUAUUGACUUAUUCAGUUCUCACUAUGACUCUAUGGGGAUGUUGCCAUACCUCUUUCACAUUUAAGUAAACUGAGGCACAGAGAGGUUUAGCAACUUGUUCAAAGCCACACGGCCAGUAAGAGGAGAAGCCAGGAUUUGAACCCAGGUGGUCUCUCACCAGCACCUAUCCUCUUAUACAUUAAGUGAAAUAACAGCACAAGACAAGAAUGCGAGAUGCAUUACGAAGCAGUAGAGUGAGGUCAAGGGAGGAGGUUACACUGCAGGCUGGAGUAAUCUGGAAUGGCUUCCUGGGGGAGGUGCUGCCUGAAGGAAGCAGAAGGUUUGGAUAGCAGGAGAAAGACUUUGCCCUGCUAGUUUUCCAUCCUCAGGUGGAAGGGAACUGUGGUUAGGAGUGUCUGAUGAGGGACUUGUGGUAGGGAGGAGUCUCCUCCCUUAAUAUAUACAUUUGGGAGCAACAGACCUGAACAAGAUCAUUUACCAGCUGCCCAGUGAGGGCUGAGAGCAGGACUUGGCACUGGUCUGGCCUCUCUCUCCCAUAGAAAUAGUUCCCCGUGGGCUUGUGUCAUGGGGGCUUUGCCUAGCUUGGUAGAGGAGUCUCUUGGUGAUCCCCUCAGGAUCUAGCCUUCUUAAAUGUUUGGGAGAUUCAGAGAAGAUCCUCUAAAUGGUCUCCAAAAUGCCAACAUGGCUGCGCCUUCUGUAAAAUGGGCCAGUAACCCCAUGCUAUGGGGGUGCAAUGAGCAUUUCAUGGCUUAAUGUUUUUAAGGAAUCUGGCCCAUUUGCCUUCCGUUACAGACUCCUUCCUUUCUCUGUCCACCUCCCACAAUCCCCAGUUCAGCCCAGACUGGCUACCCUCAGUCUUAGCUUGGAGCUGGGACACAGUGAGGUUUCUUUGAUCGUGUGACCUGGCUUUUUGGGGCUGCACUAGGGGACAGGCCUAAAGCUGCUCUCCUCGGUGGAGUUACUGAUAAUGUCCCUCAAUUAUGUUUGCAUUCUAAAACUACAUUUGCUUUGUUUUUGAGCCAUAAAGCACAAAGAAGUCUCAGUCGGAGGUUGGCUAACCAUCCCAGUUUGCCCACAAUUGUAAUGGCUUUCACACUGAAAGUCUGUGUCUGGGGUCCCCCCCAUCUCAGGUAACCUGGGCAGGCAGUUGGUUGCCCUAUGAGUCAGGAGAGAGGGAGAGAAUGUCGUGGAACUGAAGGCUCAUGCACCCACUAAAGGCUGUCCCAUUGCCCCCCUUUGUGGCUGAAUCUCCCAGAGAUAGGCAGAUAGAUGUCUAUGGAAGAUCUAACUGAAAGGUAAAAGGCUUUGGCUUCAGACGGACCAGGGUUCAAAUCUCCCAUCGGCUGUGUACCAUCACCUUGACUUUGGCCGAAUGUCUUAAGUUGAGCCUCAGUGUCCUCAUUUGUAAAUGUGGGGACUGCAAUAACUAUGUCAUGGUGCUGUUUUGGGACUCGAAUGGCCCAAGGCAAAUAAAGUACCUGGCAUAUUACAGAUGUUACAUACAACAGGCUAAGCCAUCUGAGCCAUUACAUUUAUUCCCAGUGUUGGGUUUGGAUGGGAAGAAAUAGCCUCUUUCUCUUAGGAAAGCUGGGUUGUGAAACGGGCCUCCCCAGCUCCUCCAAAUUCAUGGCACCUCGCCCAUUUCAUAGCACUGUCCUGGCCUGCCAGCAGCUACAGAGAAGGGCCUGGGGAAGGACCCUUGGAUUUUUUUGUGGGGAGAGAGGUGAAGAUAGGAGAACUGCCGUUGUCCCUGCCCUCAAGGCUGGGCUGAGGGCCAGAAUCCUGGGGCUUUAAGUGUGUCUUUUUUCCCUUUCCCUGGCUUAUUUGACUUUCUGGAAAAUAGGAAGGCUCAUUACUGUUGGGAAUCAAUGAAACUUGCAAGAGGGACCGCGGAGAGCCUCUGGUUAAAUUUGGCCUUCUCCGAUAUGAGGACCUUGAUGCCCAGGGAGGUGGUAACUCAUCCCAAGAUCAGCACCCAGGCUUUCCCGGCCCCUAGCCCAGACACCUCCUGGUUCAACAGGCUUGGGAAGUCCUUUCAGCUCCAAGGGACAAGGCACAUGGUGGCUGUAGCAUGCAGUGAAUCCUUUUUCUGAAAGUAGCUUGCCUGCUUUGAGGAUUAUUGGUGACGUAUAUUAAAUCCCUGGCCAGCUACCCUCUGCCACUUCAGCCUACUCGCUGAGCCACCUCUCUCUAAUGGAGGGUGAGCUGUGCUCAUAAGACACUGACUGUUUUUUUAAUUAAUUUUUUUUUUAAAUUGACUCUUUUAAAUGGUCACACUAAACUAAGAAGAUAAACACCAUUUCUAAAGACAUUCUAAAAUUCACAAAAAGGUGAUUUUUUUCAGAGCGAAUAUUUUUCUGGAUUAGCCACUACAGCUGACCUUGCUGAGCUGAGGGCAUCAGCAGAUUUCAUGUGCUCAAUGAAUGGAGUGUUCGUGAAGUGCCAGUGUGGGCAGGGAACGCUUGCAUCCAGAGUGGGGAACGUGAAUGGGCUAUUACUCUGAGCAAAUGUGAUCUGUUUCCUGUGGGGGUUUCUUCUGUUGCCUGUGGACCCUCCAUUUGCCUCAAAUACAUUUUCAAUUUAUUUAGCGCCCACUGUGUUCUAGCCACCACGCAGGGAGAUAAAAGAUGACAAGAUUUGGUCUCUACAUGAAGGAGCAGACAGUUUGAGUGGGGAGAGAAGCAUGGAAACCACGGAAAGUUUAACGAUAUUGAAGGAGUUACGUCACGAUACCCGAGGGCAGUUCCUCACAAGAGAUGUCAUAGGACAGAGAAGACUCAUUCCCAAAUGAGUAACACUCAUAAGAGUGAUGCUCUCAGAGGAAGGACAGAAAGUGGACUGCAAGGAUAGGGGAGACUUCUGGAAGAGGUGGAUGGUAUGGCAGACCCUUGACACUCAUUCCCCUUCAGCAGGCUUGGAAUGUGGGGAUGACUAUCCCCAUUUUCACAUAUGGCAAAGGCCCAAGCCACACAGCUGGUGAAGUCUGGAGCAGGACUUCUGAGGCUUUCUAUCCUCCAUGCCGCUCACUAGAAAAGGGGCUGUGAACUGUGCUUUGGCUCUAGCAGACAGGAAGAAAAUCUGGCCCAGCUGGAAGUAGAAAGAGGGGAGUGACUCUCCUGAGGACCAUCUCAGAGACCCUGGGAUCACCUGAACAGUCCUCCAUGUGAAUCAAUCCCAUGAUGCAACAUGCCUCCCCAGCCCCCGCUCUGACGAUGAUGGCCACGCAGAAUGUCCCGCCCCCACCCUACCAGGACAGCCCACAGAUGACGGCAACCACCCAGCCACCCUCCAAGGCCCAGGCUGUCCACAUCUCUGCCCCCUCAGCUGCUGCCAGCACACCUGUACCCAGUGCCCCCAUCGACCCCCAGGCCCAGCUGGAGGCUGACAAGCGAGCUGUGUACAGGCACCCUCUUUUCCCGCUCCUGACGCUGCUGUUUGAGAAAUGUGAACAGGCCACCCAGGGCUCUGAGUGCAUCACCUCCGCCAGCUUUGAUGUGGACAUCGAGAACUUUGUCCACCAGCAGGAGCAGGAGCACAAACCCUUCUUCAGCGAUGACCCAGAACUGGACAAUCUGAUGGUGAAGGCAAUCCAGGUCCUGAGAAUCCACCUGCUGGAGCUGGAGAAAGUCAAUGAACUCUGCAAGGACUUUUGUAACCGUUACAUCACCUGCCUCAAAACCAAGAUGCACAGCGAUAACCUGCUCAGGAAUGACCUAGGGGGGCCCUACUCCCCCAACCAGCCCUCCAUCAACCUUCACUCACAGGACCUCCUGCAGAAUUCCCCCAAUUCCAUGUCUGGAGUCUCCAAUAACCCCCAGGGAAUUGUGGUCCCAGCCUCAGCGCUCCAGCAGGGCAACAUCGCCAUGACAACCGUCAACUCACAAGUCGUGUCAGGUGGAGCCUUAUACCAACCGGUUACCAUGGUAACCUCCCAGGGUCAGGUGGUCACCCAAGCAAUCCCCCAGGGAGCCAUCCAGAUCCAGAACACACAGGUUAACCUUGACCUCACCUCCCUCCUGGACAAUGAGGAUAAGAAGUCCAAGAACAAACGAGGAGUCUUGCCCAAGCAUGCCACCAAUAUAAUGCGUUCUUGGCUCUUCCAGCAUCUCAUGCACCCCUACCCCACGGAGGACGAGAAGAGGCAGAUCGCAGCCCAGACCAACCUCACCCUCCUGCAAGUAAAUAACUGGUUCAUCAAUGCCCGGAGGCGCAUCCUGCAGCCCAUGCUUGAUGCCAGCAACCCAGACCCUGCUCCCAAAGCCAAGAAGAUCAAGUCUCAGCACCGGCCCACCCAAAGAUUCUGGCCCAACUCCAUCGCUGCAGGGGUGCUGCAGCAGCAGGGCGGUGCCCCAGGGACAAACCCCGAUGGUUCCAUCAACUUGGACAACCUGCAGUCCCUGUCCUCAGACAAUGCCACCAUGGCCAUGCAGCAGGCUAUGAUGGCUGCACAUGAUGACUCAUUGGAUGGGACAGAAGAAGAGGAUGAGGAUGAGAUGGAAGAGGAGGAGGAGGAGGAGCUGGAGGAGGAGGUCGACGAGCUGCAGACGACGAAUGUCAGCGACCUGGGCUUGGAACACAGUGACUCCCUGGAGUAGUCGGGCAGCCCAGAUGGCACUGAUCAUCGAGCAGGAGAGGAGUGUCGCCGGGAGGCCUUCAGGGUGGGGGGGAAGGGGACGUGGGCAGGAAGCACCGAGGGAGUUGGGCCCUAGCUUCCCCAAAUCAGUAGCUUGAAGAAAGGCAGAGGAGACACCUGUUCCUUCCCAACCACCGAGCUUCAACGAGGACCCCAGUCCCACUUCCCCGGAACUGCCGAGGACUCUGUUUGGCGGGGCCAGUCGAGCAGCCUGUAUGGAAAGACAGCAGUGAGAUCUGGACUCACCAAAUCCCUGAGGACAGAUGGCACCCAUGGCCCCCACCCAUGGAAGGACUUGAGUCGUUUACAAGCCCUGCACUGUGAGGCAGAUUGGUGCUGUUCGCAGAGUGGGCCUUUGCUCCGGGGGCAGACUUAGAAGGAAGGGGAGAGACAAAGGGGGACUGAGUUUCAUCCCCAGAAGGUUCUCAGCUCCUUUGACAGACAUUCAAGGGCAGGAAGGAGCCCCAAAGCAUAACCAGUGGCCAGAGGAGUGGGAGGGCCUGAGGCAUCACAUCUUGCAGAUCAGAAUGGGAUAGAAUCCACCAGGCUCCAGCUCAUCCCUCCAAGGCCCUGUCUCUGUGCACAGCAACCAUGGACAUGGGAGAGAGGGAUGGGAGGCACAGUCCCCUUCACUCUCUCCUGGAAACAAAUUGUAAGCUGGUGGGCUCAACCUGUGGGAGGUUAAGAGGAGUCCCUUCUGGGUUGACUCCAAGAGCCAAGGAGAUGGCAGACCCUGGGCUAGGAGCCAUAUCAAGGUGACUUUGAGGCCACAGCUGUCCCUAGGUGGUCACAGAACUCAGCUCCUGUAACAAUAGGACAAUGGUGUUUUACCCUAGAUGCUCCCACCCUCAGUGCUCCAAACCCUCCAUAGACCUUCAGAGAAGGUGAAAACAGGUUAUCUGGGAAUCUUUCCACCCAGCGGGUCGCCACGGCCAUCCCUCUGCUCCCAGGCUGGCUCCAUCAGCCUCCAGCUUCCUUUCUUCAUUCUGUCCUUCAGGGAAGGCAGAAGAAACAUUGGAAGGCAUCUAGUCCAGUGGGAAGCCAGGGGUUGGAGAAGGUGCUACAUCCCCCUUCCCAUCAAUAUCCAAAAUGUGGGGGAGGGCCCAGAGAAUGGCACCCAAGAGCCUGCGGGGGUGCCCACCCCACACACCCUGCUGUUCUAACCCUGCUGUCCACAGCCCUGGAGGAACUGGGGCCCCUGGGAGGAGGAGGAGGCUCUCCACUGUCCACCCUAACACAUACCCUCCCACCCACCUUCCAGACCCCCUUGGUUGGUACCCUCUCCUCCUGUUCCCUCUCACCCCAUGGCUGUGAAUGACAGGACUGGUCACAUGUGUGUUUUCCAUUGGGUUUAAUUUAAUGGACGUGCAGUUUCAUUUGUAAAUUGUGCAUUAGCCAUCUCCUUCAGUGGCAGGAUGUGAGUGGCGACCUGGCUCAACUGGAGGGGACCCGCGGGGCUUCCCCUCUGGGGCUUCCCCUCCCCCACCUGCUUGGGGUAGAGCAAAAGGAUGGUCACUCUUCCGAGGUCUCCCUGAAAUGAAUGUAUUUCUCCCCCAAAAGAGCUGAUAUUUAAUGUUUUAAUAGGGAUUUUUGAGAAACAAAUAACCUUAUUUAUAAUCUGGGUGAUCCAAUCAUUUUUUACUCCCUUUUGAUGCCAUACAUAGAGGAAAGUCUAGCUUUUUUGGCGUGAGACUUUUGCAAUGUGCAGUGGGAUAAAAUGCAUUUCCUUUUCUGGUUCGUUUCUCUUGUUCACACACACACACCCCCCCCAUUCCACUCACCACCUGGACAGGUGUCCCCCAGCACGGGCACACUGGCACACAGGUGCCCACAUCUCUUCCUCCCAGCCCCUCCACCUGCCUAAUGUUAUGCAACCUUCUUCUGAUGUAUCCACCAAACCAGUACUGAAUGUGGCCGAGACGUUUUCAGUAAAUCUUAUUACCUACCGUAA